GUAUAAAUUGAGAGCUCUGUGGAAUCGGAUGGGGAAAAAAUUUAUACGAGAGAAAUAAAAUCAAUUAGAUACGAUAUUGAAUUAGAAUUUUUGAAAAUUAUAUUCUGCGCAUAGUGAUAACAUUGUGACUUGAAUUGAUUGUGAUUUCGUUAAAGUGUCGGUAUAUCAAAAAGUAUUUUGUUGAUAGCCCAGCCCAUAGAUUCUUAUAAAAACAAACUUAAGUGCACUCAAGCGGAAUAUAAAUGAAGAAGAUUCUUUUAUGCAUUUCUAUUGCGACCCAAUUGUACGCGUUAUUGGCGGAAGGUCAACAAACAUUAUCAGCUGAGAAUGAAGUCCCUCCAAGAGUAUUUGAAAUCGACUACGAAAACAACAGAUUUCUGAUGGAUGGAAAGAAUUUUCAAUUUAUUGGUGGUUCUUUCCAUUACUUCCGAGCUUUACCUGAAACAUGGCAGAGGAAAUUGAGAACAAUGAGAGCAGCAGGUCUUCAGGUUGUGACAACUUAUGUCGAAUGGUCGUUGCAUAAUCCAAGAGACGGAAUUUAUGACUUCACUGGUAUUGCUGAUUUGGAAUUAUUCAUCAAAUUAGCGGCUCAAGAAGAUCUCUACGUGAUUCUUAGACCUGGCCCAUAUAUCUGUGCUGAACGAGACUUGGGCGGGUUCCCAUAUUGGUUGUUACACAAAUAUCCAGACAUUAAUCUCAGAACGUACGAUUUAAAUUACCGACAUGAAGUCACAAAAUGGUAUCAAGUAUUAAUGACAAAAAUGGAAAAGUUCUUGUAUGGAAAUGGUGGUCCAAUUAUUAUGGUGCAAGUUGAGAAUGAAUAUGGAUCUUACUUCGCAUGUGAUGAGAAAUAUAGAAUAUGGCUUCGUGAUGAAACUUCGCGAUAUGUAAAGGACAAAGCUGUUUUGUUCACAAAUGAUGGGCCAGGCGUGUUAAGAUGUGGAAAAAUUCCAAACGUUUUAGCAACUCUUGACUUCGGUGAAUCACCAAACUCAACAAUUGAUUCAAAUUGGAGGACAUUGCGAAGAUAUCAACCAGCGGGACCUUUGAUGAACUCUGAGUACUAUCCUGGUUGGCUAACGCAUUGGCAGGAAGAAAUGCAACGUGUUCCCGUCCAACCUGUUCUUGAUUCACUCGAGAAAAUGAUUUUGGAUGGAGCGAGUGUGAACUUUUACAUGUUUUACGGUGGAACAAAUUUUGGAUUCACUGCUGGUGCGAAUGAAGGUGGACCAGGAAGAUACGAUUCUGAUGUAACAAGUUAUGAUUAUGAUGCACCAAUGGAUGAAGCUGGUGAUCCAACAGAAAAAUAUUUCGCAAUUCGAAAGCUUAUCAGCAAAUAUUUUCCAUUGCCAAAUGUCCCCGUCCCAAAUCCAUUACCAAAGAUAAAGCUUCCUGAUAUUAACUUGAAGCCAAUUUCUAUUAUAUUUAAUCCAAAUGGACGUCGAUAUCUUGCGAAUUUUACAAAGCAAUCAAAUCUUCCAAUGUCAUUCGAGUCACUUGAUCAAAAUUCCGGCUUUAUUCUCUACGAGACGAAGUUGCCGAGGAUAAAUCGGGACCCAGUUCUAUUAAAAUUUGCUGAUUUGCGUGAUCGUGCAUAUAUUUAUGUCAAUCGACGAUUCGUUGGAAUUAUCUCGCGUGAGAAUAAAAUUUAUUCGAUACCCUUAAGUCUGAGUUUGGGGGAUGAACUUCAAAUUCUCGUUGAGAAUGAAGGAAGAAUCAAUUAUGGACUUGCAAACGAUUUCAAAGGAAUUCUUGGAAAUGUUUAUUACGACACGAUGGUUCUUGUGAACUUCACAAUAACAGGAUUUCCACUUGAUAAUUAUGUGAAGAUGGAAGAACUUAUAACUGCUUACAAAACCAAUCCUGGUGAUGAUUUAACACUUUCAGCAGAAAGUUUAAAGGCAGGCCCAGCUGUUUUCUAUUCAGAAUUUAAUCUUGAUCGAAAUCAAAUUUUUGAUACAUAUUUGGAUUCAACAGGAUGGGGAAAAGGAAUUGUGUUCAUCAAUGGCUUCAACUUAGGCCGAUAUUGGCCACUUGUUGGUCCACAAAUUACAAUUUAUGUUCCAAGAGAAGUUUUACGUGUUGGAGUUAAUAAGAUCGCUAUGAUUGAACUUCAAAAUGCACCUGAUGCAGGUCUUGUGACGUUUAGUAAUAGACCAAAUCUUGAUGGAAAUUUCUAUUAGCUAAAAUCAAAAAAUAAUUUAAAUUGAGAAAAAAGAAAGAAAAUAAUUUUAAAAUAAAUUUUUAUUUCCGGAAUUUCUCCCUAAACUUUUUGUAUCAUUUUUAAGGAGUGUUUGAUAGCGCUUAAAGCGACAAGUACUUUUCAACAAUUCACAGCCUUUGCCCAGUUAAACAUUCCUUAAAAUUUUCUUUUAUAAAUUCAUUGUUCGCUGAUGAGGUCUCUAAAAUUACUAUUUUAAUAAAUUUUUAAGAAUUCAAUUAAAAAGAGACUUAAUCAAGCAUUCUUUUUUCGCUGAGGUUCCUUUUG